AAUUCCCCAUCUCCCCCCCCCCCCCCACCCCAAACCGACGCGCACAUCCAUCCAUCCGCAUCGCCCCCGGCCACGGCCGAAACCCUAGAGAUCCACAACCGCCGCGCGAGCAGCAAGAGGAGGAGAUCGCCGCCAUGAACGACCUCAUGACCAAGUCCUUCAUGAGCUACGUCGACCUGAAGAAGGCGGCCAUGAAGGACCUCGAGGCGGGCGGCGCCAACGACGAGACCGAGCUCACCCAGGUCUGCGGCGCCACCGACGAGCGCCUCCAGGGCUUCUUCAAGGAGGCGGAGGCGGUGCGGGAGGAGAUGGCGGCCAUCCGCGACGCGCUCGCCCGCCUCCACGCUGCCAACGAGGAGGGCAAGUCGCUGCACCAGCCCGACGCGCUGCGCGCCAUGCGGGUCCGCGUCAACGCCGACAUCGUCUCCGUGCUCGGCCGAGCGCGCGGGAUCCAGCGCGCCCUCGAGGACAUGGACCGCGCCAACGCCGCGCAGCGCAGGCUCUCCGCGGGCUGCCGCGAGGGCACCACCCUCGACCGCACCCGCACCUCCGUCACCGCGGGCCUCCGGAAGAAGCUCAAGGACAUCAUGCUCGACUUCCAGGCGCUGCGCCAGCGGAUGAUGUCCGAGUACAAGGACACAGUCGAGCGCCGCUACUACACGCUCACCGGGGAGGUCCCCGAGGACGAGGUCAUCGAGCGCAUCAUCUCCGAGGGCCGCGGCGAGGAGAUCAUGAGCGCCGCCGUCGCCGAGCACGGCAAGGGCGCGGUGCUCGCCGCGCUCAACGAGAUCCAGGACCGCCACGACGCCGCCAGGGAGGUGGAGCGCAGCCUCCUCGAGCUCCACCAGGUCUUCCUCGACAUGGCCGUCGUCGUGCAGUCGCAGGGGGAGAAGCUCGACGAUAUCGAGAACCAGGUGACCAACGCCAGGGACUACGUCCACUCCGGCAACAAGGAGCUCGGCAAGGCUCGUCAGCACCAGCGCGGCAGCCGCAAGUGCCUCUGCAUCGGCAUCAUCCUGCUGCUCCUCCUCAUCCUCAUCGUCAUCGUCCCCAUCGCUACCAGCCUCAAGAGGUCCUGAGCAACCACACUACACCGGAGUUUGUGACAAUCAUCAUCUGGACACCUGCAUUUGUGUCUAAUAUGCUGUUUUGAUUUCGUAUUCUGCUACUUCAUUCGUUGAUUUGUGCCCCAAUGUCUCUGUAUCGUCAGGAUUUAGCUGAUGAAAUAGUACACCGUAUAUCUGUUCAGUUAAUUUACAGUCCUGAAUUGCCAGUUGAAUCUUAAA